AUGCAGCACUUCACCACGCAGUUGCGUGAUGAGCAGAACAGGACACGCUCGCUGCGCGCGAGUCAUUAUCGCAAGUCGAGAAGAAAUAAAGAGAAAAGGAAACAAGACGAAUCGCUUUUCGACCUACAAGGAGAGGACGAAACGCAGCCAGACGCCACAGUCCAAUCGUACACCUCGUCCACCGCGCCUGGCAUAGCUCAGCUGCGUGUCGCAGGCCUAUUGCCCAGCCAAGAGAACGAGGUCCCUCCAGCACCCUUCCCCCAUGCGCCUGCGAGCGUGUCCAAACCACAUCAUGUCCCUGCUAAAGUCCAGGAGGAAAUGGCCAGGCCGCCUUCACGCCUCUACGCCGUCAACGCCACCUCUAAAAGCGGUGUCGUUCAAGGCCAACCAGAGGCGCAGAAGAGGGCGCACCUUGACUCUUUGUCCACGCUGAUGCAUUGCUGUCUGCUCAAGGGAGAUUACGAGCGUGCGGGGAGAGCGUGGGGCAUGAUCUUGCGGACGCAGGUUGCUGGUGGGCGCCCGGUAGAUCCGCGUAACCACGGACGUUGGGGCAUUGGUGCUGAAAUAGCCCUGCGUCGUGGACCACAAACGCUGAAUGAGCAUAGAUUCUCUGAACAGGGCUUUGAGCUUGCUCGUGAAUAUUACAAUCGUCUGAUCAUACAAUACCCGAACCGGAAACUGCAGCCUCAUGCUGUCGAUGAGAGAACCUUUUACCCGCCCAUGUUCUCACUGUGGAUUUACGAGGUUUGCGAAAAGAGCAAGCGCGCAAGAACGGAGUUGCGUGAUGACAUCGCGAAUCAAAUACGCUCUUCUCGAAGUGUGUCGGUCGACAGUAACCUCAGUAAGAGGUCAGACGGUCUCUCUGCGAAGGAAGAGGCGAUCCAAAUGGAAGAACUUACCCAAGCCCUGGAGAUUGCAGAACGCCUCGAUCAGGUCAUCAUGUCACCACCCUUUGACAGACAGCCAAGUCUUCUAGAACUCCGCGGCAAUGUCGCCUUGUGGAUAAGUGAUCUCAACAUAGGAAAGAUGGGCUCAGAUGAGGACUGGGAUAUGGAUCUACCUACACACUCAAGUUCAGUCUCAGACCAGCUGAAGCGACUUGGAAGGGCUCAUCAGGAGCUACUAGCAGCACAAGCGUUCUUCGAGCGAGCUGCAACCAAUGGUGGUGAAGCUGCAACCCUGUCCAGUAUCAACGCAAAACGCAGAAAUCUAGUGAAGAUCAUGGAGCAGUUGCGCGCUGCUGGGUAA